GUGCGUAAUUGUGUCUUCCUUCCCGUUGUUUUUAGUGCUGCUUGCUGCUGAGGGUAAUUUACUUGUUAUUGUUAGCAAGCUGGUUCUUCCACAAACACAGACAGAUGAAAGUGCGCUGAGAGACGUUUCAAAUACGUGACAGGGAAGCACGUCCACGAGUGAGCCACGGUUUAUUAAAACUGAAUAGACGGAAAUAUGAAUGAUGCGGAUUCAGCCACGAGGAAGCACGCGGGUUCCCGAGAACUACAGACACCCAAGAAUGAGGAUGCCUAUGAAAUCUCCAUUCCCUUUGAAGACAACAACUUUGAGCAGCAGGGAGGCUUUUACAACCAAAAUGACCAGAACUUUGAUGGUAGUGAUCCUCCAGCACCGAGCAGCUCGUACCUGUUAAUCACUAACCUACGGACACAACUGCAGAUCUCACUGGAGAAAAAUUCAUGGCUGCAGAAGCGUAUUGAGGACCUGGAGGAGGAGAGGGACUUCCUGCGCUGCCAGCUCGAUCGGUUCAUCUUCUCAACCAAGAGUCAGGAAAGCAAUGGCCAUGAUUCCAGGAGUUUUUCUUGGAGAAGGAGAAGAGAAAAUGAUCGGGAUCAACAAGCAGAGAGCCAGCGGCCGGCAAACCGUCAGUCAUUCCAGCAGAGGCCAACCCAACAGACUUCCGCCAAUCCCAAGGCCUUGAGCUCUGUUCCUGGUCCAGUCAGUGCUCAGCUCAAUUCCAUGUUUGGACCCCCCCACCCUCAGCCUCUCUUACAGGGCCACGGUGGUGGCAGCACCAGCAGCAGCUGCAGUAGCAACAACAGGUCCCUCAAUGAACUGCAAGAAUCCCUCUCUCUUCUGGGAGAUGAGGAGGAUGACUAUCUUGAGGAUAGCUACUUGGAGGAAGAGGAAAUGAUGUCAGGAGAGGAUGUGAUAACAGACAACAUGUCACUUCGGAAUAUCGGCUCAGCAGGAAGACCCUCCGGCAGUCAUCCAGCUCUGAAGAGAAGGAGGGUUUUCAGAAUCGCCAGAGGAAGAGAAAGACAGAGAGUGAAAGAUGCAGCAGGUGUAUUGUUCCGCUAUAAAAAGAUCCUGGUGACAUACCAGAGGCUAAAGAAUAUGUCCAAGGCCUUCCAGAUCCACGGUGUAGAUCGUAAUACGGUGGCCUCGACCACACCCAUUGCUGAGCUUCUGCUGGUGGCUCCAGAGAAGGUGGCUGAGGUGGGCGAGUUUGACCCCUCUAAAGAAAAGCUUCUGGACUACGCCCGACGCUGUUACAUCGCCCUUGACCCACAGACUCUCAGCAAAGUGCAAGCUUUGAAGAAGAACAACCUCCUCCUACCCAUCUCAUACAGGUUGAAAGGAACGGAUAAUCGAUAAUUGGAGGAAUUAGUGGAGUGAUUCUCAUCCUGCUGUACAGUGAAACCCCUUCACUGUAUUUUAAUGUACCAUAGUACACACAUCUACCAUCUCACCCUCCACAUUGUGCUGUUCAGAUCCACUGUGCUCUGAACCAAGUCUACUAUUACCUCUGUUUACUCACUCAUAGAGCAAGAUGCUCACACUGGGCUGCACACUUAUGCUUUCAGGUUUGCUAUUUUGGAAGAGUACUUGGUUCUCAAACCCAUUUGUUUCAUAAUGGACUUAAUAGUAUCUGUUGUGAUUGAUUGUUGCUACGGUUGAAGCUAGGGAUGUGAUUCAUUGUCGAUAAUAAUUUAAUCGAUAAAACUUGAUGGUCAAUUAAGCAAAGUCACCAUCACAAUGUGUAGUUUUGAAGUGCAAGCGGCUCAUGCGCAAAACACGUGCAUCAAAGAUGCAAGGAAAAAUGAAGCGAGUGUGCCAUAAUUAUGUAUUAAUAUCUCCAAGCCAUGCAAUGGAAUAGAUAGGCUAGCCAUUCAUUUCGAAACAUAAUUAACCAAGGGGCCAAAAAACCCUCCAAACAAGUGAUUUUAGUGAACAUAAGUACUACUUACAGGUACUUGUGUAAACGCCACACUAAAAGUACAUAGAAUAAGCAAGUAAUAAGGUCUUGGUGGAUGAGUUUUGAUCUUCCAGCGCUGUUUCAGCUGUGCACUCCUAUUCUGUGGCGCACGGUAAAUCAAGACCUGAGUGAUCAAUCCAAUCCAAGUGCGCUCCAGCUGUAAAACAGUGUUCGAUUUGUCUCUAAACAACAUCCCUACCCACUAUACCUGAGAUCCAGUUUCCAUUGAUUGAACUUUCAAAUGACGUUGGAAAACACUGCGACAUGAUCACAACGCGAUCGAAACCUGAAAGUCCUAUAGCUUUAGCCAAGCAGCAUGUCAAGUCACUCUGUGAUCUACACAUUGUCUUAUGUGGCGCAAAAGCAUCAUGUGUAUACACAUGCGCUGACAGCCCUUUUAAAUACAAAUGCUUGGUGUAGCUGGUCUCUAACUGAAAGAAAUAUGCUGCUUGUAUUCUGCUAGUUGAGACCUUUACAAAGAUAUGACACAAGUCUAUCUGUUAUGUACGAUGAUUUUACAGAUCACAUUUUCAUGUAAAGCAGUUAUUUUUUCAAGAUAU